AUGUGUGAAGAGAAAGGUCGACGAGUUCGCCAAACGGGAUUAUAUAAUAAAAACAACUUCAUCUUCGCCAGAUUCAUCCGACAUCUUAUGGCCUUACCAUUCGCGAAGCCUGAACACAUCGAAUAUUUUUUCGAACGGCUGUUGAUCAAAUUCCGUGACCUUCUGGGUAACGACGCAACAAGGCUACUGCUUCUGAUGAAAGACUACAUGGAAAGAACAAGGAUUGGCUUUCCAGGUCUACUUUCAGGAGAAAGCAGAUUCCUUUGUUUGAAAUUUUAUUUUGGAACUGUUAUGAGUAUACCACAGUUGCUUUACCUAGGACAAAAAACAAUGUCGAAGCCUGGCAUCGGGCCAUUCACCGACAAAAGCAUCCGACAAUAGAAGCACUGAUCAAGGCACUGAAGUAAGAAGAAUCCUGUAAAAAUUCUUUUGUGUUUCUUUUCUGAUGCAUGAUUUAUUUAUCAAAGAACAUUCGUAUAACAUUGAACUUUAGUUUUAGGCACAACCGCAGAACUGUUUGACAGUACCCCAAGUGAAUUGCUCAGCGGUCUCGUGAUAGAUUUGGAUGACGAUGUCAUAGGUCAGGCUCAAGUAGAAUUGGUCCUUAGUCCAGACAUUGAAGACGUUGACGACAUUCUCAAAGAUUUGCUCCGCAGUGGCUGUCGUGUUGGAGGUGACGGUAUAGAUUCUCUUUUCGUAGGCGGAGAAUCUGGUGAUCUCAGUCUGAUUCCAGCUCAGUUGAGCUUGGUCGAUGGACCAGGAGAGGUCGGUGAUGUUGUUCUGGAACUUGAUGAUAUCAAAAACGACAGAGCAAUCGCCGGUGGCGUGGGUGGUGCUCUCAACAGCCUUGGUGGUGGACUCGAUGGCGGGAGUGGUGGUUUGAGAGCCAAAGUCAAAGCCGCCGCAGUCUGUUUCCUAAAAAUAUGA